UUUUUUUUUUUAACCUGGAUUACUGAGAUGCAUCAGGACAUUAUUAUUUAUGUUACUUGAUUAAAGAAUCCUAAAAUCUGAUCUGGCAUGUUGCCACAUGGGAACAAUUUAAGCUGCCUCCUGGAAUAAGGCUAUCAGAUGUGUGUGUUUGUGUAAAACAGUCUCUGUGUAUUUCAGAUGUGGCUUUUUUCAGUCUCCUCAUGGCUGCAUUUGAAGGGCCCAUUGUGGAUGUGUGGCCUUCACAAUCAGAAGUCUACCUUGGAGAGUCUGUGUUUCUUCAGUGCAGACUAGAGUCUAAUUUCAGUUCUGCAUGGACCUACAGGUGGUACAGGAACAACACAAACACCACUCUGACCCUGAACCCCAGGCAUUCAGUCUGUGGUGACAGCUACUCCAUCACGGCUGUAACAAGUCAGGAUGCAGGCAGCUACUGGUGCAGAGCAGAGCAGAGGGAGAGGAACAUCACCACUGAGGUGGAAGUUCAGCUCAGAGUGUCAGCUCUGCUCCACCCAUCACUUGCUCUGACUCCCAGCAGCAGACAGGUGUUCAGUGGGGAGCGUGUCGCCGUGCAGUGUCCUGCCAGGACCAGGAACAACUCCUCCGGCUGGAAGCUGUGGCAUUUCUCUCCUGAAGAGAAAAACAAAAGGCAGAUGUGUGUAAACCACUCCAAUGCUUGUGUUUUUGUUGCUGACCGUGCGAACAGCGGCUUGUACUGGUGUGAAGAAGCCGAAGGUCGCAGCCGUGCAAUCAACAUUACUGUAAGCUAUGGAAACAUCAUUUUAAAGACUCCAGCCUUUUCUGUCCAUCACGGCGGUACAGUGGUGUUACACUGUCAGUACAGGACAGGCAACCAGAAUGAAACUAUCUUUUUUAAAAAUGGAAUAGCAAUAAAUACUUCAGAAACAACCUUAAAUCUGACAAUGGAGAAAGUGACACAGCAAGAAGAAGGUCUGUACAAGUGUGGGUCCCAGGACAGGAAGAUGGAGAGCAAGGAGAGCUGGUUAUCAGUGACGCUGGAUGGAGUGCACAGCAAGAACUGCAUCUGUGAGGUGAGCAGGUCAUCUUCCUGA